UUGCCGGUAAAAACAAAAUCAGAAACAAAUCCGAUGAAAAUAGUCCCGCCAAUCAAUUUUUGUACCUCACCAAAAUUUUGCGUCUCCCAAAACUAAACUAAAAAUCGCACACUGAGCGCGAGAAUUUCAACUCGAAAGUUUUUCAGAAAUGGCGCUUUUGCUCUCUCCUUUUACAUCCCCCUCUCACACCCUCACUUCUUCCUCCCCACCAAAUCUCAAUCUCUCUCUCUCUCUCAAUUACUUUCUCUUCUCUCGGAAUCUCUCCAAUCCCUAAAUCAUGAUGGAGAAAGAGAUUUGUGUGAGGAUGACGAGAGCUGCGGCCAAAAGAAAGGCUAUGGCCACGGAGGAGGAACGGGUCACCAAGAAGAGAGUGGUCCUUGGUGAGCUUCCCAAUGUAGCUAAUCUCAACCAGAAAAGAGUGAUUCCGCAGCCCACAAAGAGUCUUGUAGCUCCAGCAAAGCAGAGAAAGACUGCCCCGGUGGAGUCAGGAUCUGACAUUGAUGCUCGAUCUGAUGAUCCUAAGACGUGUGGGCCUUAUGUCUCCGACAUCUACGAGUAUCUACGUGAAAUUGAGGUGAAGCCAAAACAAAGACCAUUACCUGAUUAUAUUGAAAAGGUUCAGAAAGACGUAACACCAAGCAUGAGAGGUGUUUUGGUGGAUUGGUUAGUGGAAGUCGCUGAGGAGUACAAACUCCUGUCUGAAACUCUUCAUCUCACUGUCUCUUACAUUGAUAGAUUCUUGUCCUUGAAGACUGUCAACAAGCAGAGGCUUCAGCUUGUGGGAGUAUCUGCAAUGCUUAUUGCCUCGAAGUAUGAAGAGAUAAGUCCUCCUAAAGUAGAAGAUUUCUGUUACAUCACUGAUAAUACAUUUUCAAAACAAGAUGUGGUGAAGAUGGAGGCAGGUAUACUUCUUGCACUCCAGUUUGAACUAGGAAGACCUACAAUCAGUUCAUUUAUAAGACGAUUCACAAGGGUUGCACAAGAAGAUUUCAAAGUGCCACACUUGCAGCUGGAGCCACUCGCUUGCUAUUUAUCAGAACUGAGUCUAUUAGAUUACAAAGCUGUGAAGUUUGUGCCAUCUCUGUUAGCUGCUUCUGCUAUCUUUCUUGCUAGAUUCAUCAUCCGUCCAAAACAGCAUCCUUGGAAUCAAAUGUUAGAAGAAUACACAAAGUACAAAGCGGCUGAUCUACAAGUGUGUGUGGGAAUCAUACAUGACUUGUAUCUGAGCAGAAGAGGAGGUGCUUUAGAAGCUGUAAGAGAUAAAUACAAGAACCACAAGUUCGAGUGUGUUGCGACCAUGCCUGUUUCACCAGAUCUGCUCGUUACUUAUUGGGAGGAUGUUACCAUUUGAUCUGAACCACUCUUUCUUUUGUCUGAACUUUGCUAUCUUUGCCAAAUGUUGCUGAGAUCGAUUUGACGAAAAGGUAUCUCAAUGAGUAGCCGGUCAGAUAGUAUACAGAAUCUACAGCUGUAGCUGGUGUAGCAAAGAACUCUUCGAAGUGAAGUGAAGGCAGCAACAAAUAAUUUGUGUUUUGUAAUAUGAAGAUGUGUAAUUUUUCAUUUAAGUAUCACUUUAUAUACAUAAUUAGUAUAUGUAUCCUUGGAAUAAUGCAGUAUAACUACAGAAUAUGAUUUACGUUAUGCUUUUUUGGAAUGAA